ACGCAACUGCAUCGAAACGAGUCUUGCUGUUCUUGGAGAAGGGCAACCACGGUAUGCCAGGCACUGACCACCGUGAAGGAUAUUAUGGACAAGAUGGAGGGGGUGACCGUCGGCUACAACGAGGACCCACAUGCUUCAACUGCGGAGAUGUUGGACACUAUGUGAACCAGUGUCUGAACCGAAGACGUUAUCCUGGUCUUGCAAGACCUUCGACGUCGACUGAUUCUAGGCGAUCAAGAUCUCCUAGACGUUAUGAACCGAGACGGAAGCAGCACGUUCCACAACUGGAUCCGAGUAGUAAGGCUCAAAUUGCUGAGCUGGCUCAGAACCUCGCUACAAUGAAGGAGCACUUCGACACGGAGAUUUCUAAGAAGAAGGAGAAGGAUCGAAAGAAGCGGGAGAAAGAAGAGGCUAAGCAGCGGGAAGGAGAGGAGAAACGCCGUGAAGAGAAAGAGAAAGCGAGACUUGAACGGAAUGCUAACAAGAAGAAGGAGAAGCAGCGUUUGGAGGAGUUACGUCGUGCGAAAAUGAAGAAGGACUUGAACAUACACAUGGCGAUCAGGCUUAACGAGAUGGAAGACCGUUUCGUUGACCGUGUGAGACAAGUUGUCGGCGCCAUCAGCGCCCUUGCGAUUGAGAAAGGUAAGCAACCUGUCACUUACGAAUCGGGUGAGGAAGCGGCAUCUGACUACGGCAGCGAGGAGAGUCUUACAAGCAUGACAAGGUCCAAGACUGUCAAGAAGACGGUGAAGUCUCGGGGAUCAACAAAGAGGAAGACGCCGAUCAAGACUCUGCUCUCCAAGGCAAAGGCACCGCCGGCUCGAAAGACGCCACCGGCAGGAUUGACACCAGCUUCAAAAGGAUCGUUGGCCCGUUUGCGCUACCGGAAUGCGGUCAUGAUGGAACUGAAGAACUUGGACGCUACGGAACUCCAAAAGAUCUGUAAGGACGAAGGUAUUGCGUACGAUAAGAAGAUUGACGUGAUUUUUUAUAUCGCGGACCACCAUGCUGCGCUUAAGUACGGUCAUGAGGAUGUCGCCGCGACUGAUGUGAUUUGCAUCACCGAGUCCGGAGAUACGGGCGAAACGGAUGAGAUACCGGAAGUUGCCAAGGAUACGAAACUGUGAUGCAACCUAAGCGUACCUCAACUUUGGUCACUGUGCAGGUAUUUUACUGGUUUGCGCUGUAG